AUGGCCGCUCCUCAAGUCCACCACCUGUUCCAUGCUCCAAUUGCAGACCACUCGUUUUCCUCGGACAGACAGACCCUCGCUGUUGCCCGGGAUAACAAUGUGGAGCUGUACCAAGCAUCAGGCAGCAAGUUCACUCUGAGCGACGAGCUCAAGGGCCACGAUAAGACUGUCACUAGUGUUGACAUUGCUCCCAACAGUGGCCGUAUUGUUACUUGCUCCCAGGAUCGCAAUGCCUAUGUUUGGGAGAAGACCGCUACUGGCUGGAAGCCGACCCUCGUCCUGCUCCGAAUCAACCGUGCCGCCACCUUUGUCCGCUGGUCUCCCUCCGAGCAAAAGUUCGCCGUUGGUUCUGGAGCCCGCGUGAUCGCCGUCUGCUACUUCGAGGAGGAGAAUGACUGGUGGAUCUCCAAGCACCUGAAGAAGCCGAUCCGCAGUACCAUCACCACCCUUGCCUGGCACCCCAACUCCGUGCUUCUGGCUGCGGGCUCCACCGACUCCCACGCGCGCGUCUUCUCCAGCUUCAUCAAGGGUAUUGAUCAGCGCCCGGAGCCGAGCGCUUGGGGCGAGCGUCUCCCCUUCAACACUAUCUGUGGUGAAUACCUGAACGACACCGCUGGCUGGAUCCAGGGUGUCUCCUUCUCCCCGAGCGGUAAUGCUCUCGCUUUCUCCGGACACGACAGUAGCGUCACUGUCGUGUACCCUAGCGCACCGGAGCAGCCUCCCCGCGCGAUGCUUAACAUCUCUACCCGUCUGUUGCCUCUCAACAGUCUGAUCUGGAACGGCGAGAACGAGAUUAUCGCUGCUGGACACGACUGCGAGCCCUUCCGCUUCCGCGGUGACGAGAGUGGAUGGCAGUUGGCCGGCUCUCUGGAAAAGCAGAGUGGUGCCGGAGCUGCCGGCGCUCGCGAGGAGUCUGCGCUGAACAUGUUCCGGCAGAUGGAUCUCAAGGGUCAGACUACAGCGGAUACUAAGCUCAAGUCGACCCACCAGAACACAGUGAACACCAUCCGUGUCUUUGAGGAGGCUAACGGACAGGUGAGCUCUUUCAGCACUAGCGGUGUUGAUGGUCGUGUCGUUAUCUGGUCCACUUAA